AUGUCCCCCUCUUCGGCGGCCGCGACGCUGCUUCAACGGCAACUGAAACAGAUGAAGUCUGACAAAGACAUACCUGGGAUCAGCUGCGGCCUUGCUGACGACAAUAUCUUCGAGUGGGAAGUAAUGCUCAUGAUCAACGACGAUUGCAAGUAUUAUGGAGGUGGUUUCUUUCGCGCCCGAAUGUCCUUCCCUCAGGAGUAUCCUUUGAUGCCUCCCAAACUGAAAUUCGAGACACCCAUCUUCCACCCCAACGUUUACCCCUCUGGCGAAGUGUGUAUUUCCAUCCUACAUCCUCCCGAAGAAGACAAAUAUGGAUACGAGUCUGUUGCCGAGAGGUGGUCGCCGGUACAAUCGCCGGAAACCAUCUUAAUAUCGGUCAUCAGCAUGCUGAGUAGUCCCAACGACGAGAGUCCGGCCAAUGUGGACGCAGCCAAGUUAUGGCGCGAAGAUCCGAAAGCUUUCAGAAGGAAAUGCCAAAGAAUCGUCCGGGAAUCGCUGGGUGAAGAGUGA